GGGCCGCAGCCUGCAGCAGAAGCGCCGCAGCGAUGGAUGACUCUGCUUUUAGAGGCCUGAAGCUACCGGGCUCUUCUCGUCAUUUACAAUAAGAAAUGUGUGUGCACAGCCCGCGUCUUUGCCGCUCCGGUAUUCCGCCGCUAUAAAUGCUGCUGCGGGGCUUGGCCUCGACAUGGGGCUGGCGGCCGCGAUAAGAUCGCGCCGUUGGGCCGCUGCGGACCCAUUAUUGCCGCAACGGCCGCAGUGACCCAAAGCCAGCUCCUCCCACUCUCCCGCUCCGAGCCCAUACACAGUCAUAGAACAAUCUGCUUUUAGCCACGCACCGCGCACUCACUCACGGUAACAGAUCGCCUCUGAGCGCGGGCAGAGAUCUCAACGCCUUGACAACGCCGAGCUGGCCAGUGACCUCCUCCGUCCAGCAGCCCCGCCCGGACACACGCGCGCUCUCUUUAAGUCGGCUAUCGAGCAGCGCCGUCGCCAAACGACAGCGCGGGCAGGCAGAAAACAGAAAGAAACGAACCUGCGAGGAAAGGCGCGGCAAGCCCGCUGGAAUCGCGGCGGAAGGCACGGCAUUAAGCGAUCUCCGUGGCGCCAGGAACUAACGACCCGCGGCGAAUAAGACAAUCACAGGCAGGCAGGCCGGCCGUGCGCAAGGGAUCACUCUCACUUGUCAAUUGGCCACGAGCGCGCUGUCCGCCGAUCACCACUCCGCCGUCUGCUACGUCGCUGCUGGCAUGACGCAACGCGAGCUGUCCUCGCUCAUGGCGGGCGCUGCCGGCUACACGGAAGCACAAUUGGUGGUGCUCGUGCUGAGCGUCGUGGUGGUGGCCGUGGCUCUGCUGUCCUACUUUGUGGUGGCGCCCGAGUACGAGAAGCACCUCGACAAGCAGUACGCGGCGCUCGUGCACGCCUCCUCGGAGCGGCAGCUGCACAACCAACAGGCGCACGAGCUGCUGCUCGCACGCAUCAAGCUGCGCAAGCACAAGUCGCUCGGCGCCUGGGACAUCGAGUCCGGCUCCAGCGACGACGACGGGUUCGGGCACUGCUCAUUGCAGCGACGCCACUCGCACAUGCGGCCGCCCCCGGCCAGCAUCUCGUCGCCGCGCGACAUGAUCAUCGAGGCGGCGCAGGUCGCGCGUAGGGAGCGCAACGCCCGGCGCCGCAAGAGCGAGAGCGACGCGCUCAAGCAAGCCAACAUCCAGCGAGCAGACAUGCUGCGUCGCCGAGUCCUGCUGCGGAAGCUAGAGGAGGAGAUCGCUGGCACCGUCAAGGCGAACGAAGAGGCCCAAGCCGCCGAGACCAGCAAGAACCCGACCCUGGCGACUGUACGACGACUCUCGAACAACACGCUCGACCUGAGCGACGACCGCCUCAAAAUGCUUCAGGAGCACCCAGCUGAUUGCGUUGAAGAGCUGAAAGUGCUCGCCCAAGCGCAGUCGCCUGCAGCCUCGUCACCUCUGGUCGACAACUCAGCGAUGGCCAAGGGCAAGGUCGACAGCCCACCGGACCUCCUCGAAGUAAAGCGUGCCUUGAACGUGCUGCACGACGUGCUGAGCUUCUACUUGUCGGUGGACCACCGCGACAUGAACAAGCUCACGGUGUUCUGCAACUCGCUGCUGCAGCACGACGGUCUCAACCGACUGCGAGCGUUCGAGGCCUCACGCGACCAGGACGUGCGAGCGCUGUCGAACUCCAUCAUCGAGAAGGCUGUGCCCGCCAUUUGGCACUAAGGACGGGACGCGCUUCCUUCGUCUAUUAUCUAUGAACGCCCGUUUUCGCCGACGCUGUAGAGCUCAAAGUAGCAGUAAGUAAGUAAGUAAGUAAAUAGCUCCGUCGGUAAGCUAGCACGCCUAAACAUCAAUAACUAUCCCCCCAUGUGUCGAUGCGGUGUUCAAAAUUCAUACUUGUCAUUGUCAUUAGCGUCCGCCGCCGCCUACUUCUGCUGGAAAGACGCCGCAAUCUCCUGCAACGAUCGCGACAUCACCGCACGAAGCACCAUGCGCGAGAUAGACCCGCCACAGAGCAGCACUCUGCCGGCGGCGGAAGGCGUGAGCUUGGAGUUCCACAGGAUCAGCGUCUUGGGCUGCGCGGGGGCGACCACCGUGCUGUCCGCCAGGAACUGCACGAAGCCGACGUGGUCGCUCAGCAGCAGCGGGCCGCUCUUCUUGAUGCUGUAGCGCACGCUUGGGAUCCGGUCAGAGCCAUCAGGUGGGCCCGCUGACACGAUCUGCUCUUCGACGCCGAGCGAGACGAGCCGGCGGUGACCCACGAGGCCGCGGCCCUCGCCGGGCUUGAGCGUCGAGCCGCGGUCCACCCACUCCAUGCGCAUCCACGCGUCGUACGCCUCGUCCACCGACGCGUUCACCAGCUGCGAGAGCGCCAGCUCCUGGCCGUCGUUCUCCUCGUAGGCCUCGAAGCCGGCGGCAUCGACGUAGCGGUCCAUGGCCUGGUGGAGGGAAUUAGGAAGUGAAUGCUGUGGUUGGAUGUUAAUCUGCAAGUUGAAGCAACAAUAUAUUGACGAAUGAAAUGGCGUCAUGAUACUCAUUUUGUCCAAUCGUAGAAGGACGCCACUCAGAAGAGCAAUGCUGAAGGGCGAGUGGACUCACUUGUAUUUCCAGCCGGGAUGGCGCUCUAGCUUUUACGAAGAUAGUUCUCGCUACCUAUUCCAGAUGUCUGUGGGCCUUCGCAGCGGCGCUUGCGGCCAGAGUACUCAAGAAACCCUGCAGCGCCGAACGCAGGACGGCCUUGACCAACCCGCCGCAGCAAAGCAGGUAUCCCAGUGUCGUGGGCUCCGUCUUGAGCGACCAGAUCACUAGCGUUGCCGGCGUGCUCUCAGGCGACGCCGCCACGUCGACGAACUGCACGAAGGCGAGGUGGUUCUGCAGCGGGAGCAGCCCGAAGUUGCGGAUCUUGUAGCAGAUCGACGGGAUCUUGGAGCGGUCUCGACGGGCAGCAGCCAGACUGGGUCGACCGCCGUCGCUGUCCACUUCCUCGUCAACGGGCAGUCCGACUGAGAGAAUCUCUUCCUGGAUGACUAGCGGGGCCAGUCGCACGUGACCCACGUAGCCCCGACCUACGCCCUCGUGGAGCUCUGAGCCUCCGGCCAGCCAGAUUUCCUCCAGCCACGCGUCGAAGACCUCGGACGGAGACCCAACAACGCACUCGGACACCACCAGCUCCUGGCCUUUGUGGCUCUGGUAUUCCUCAAAGGCCUGCACGUCCGCGUAGCGAGUGGGGUCCAGGUGACUUCUGCGGCGCAUUCUUCAGCUCAACUUGACACACGAGAACUUAUUUUUCUCCUGAUAUUUAGCCAAUAACAUUGCGUAGAUGGGGCCAAUGGAGCCCGACGCCGCGACCGAGACGGCCAGCGUGGGCGGCGCGAAGCUCUCGAGGCCAUGCAGCGAGACCAAGUUACCUUUUGGCCGCCUCCUUAGCUAGCGACCGUAAGAACGUUUUUAGCGCUAUGCGGAAGAUCACACGAACGAGCCCGCCGCAGUGCAGCCAGUUGCACGCCCUCGACAUCUCCGUCUUCACCGUCCAGAUCACGAGGGUCUUCGGCGUCCUGUCCGCCACAUCACUUGCGUCGACGAAGCGCACCAUGGCGAGGUGGCUUUCAAGAGGAAACGGACCAGGCUUGCGUACUCGAUAGCAGAUUGACGGGAUCUUGGUAUUGCAAUCUUCCUGUCCUUGUGCUGGUUCCUCUGGCAGCCCUGCCGAUACAACUUCCUCCUCCACGCCGAGGGGGACACGUCGUACGCUACCGACGUAUCCGCGACCGGCGCCUUCGUGCACUUGAUCCCCACCGGCAAGCCAGACAUCGCGAAUCCAUGCAUCGAAAACCGCGGAGGGUGAGCCCUUCACCAACUCAGACACCUCGAAUUCCUGGCCAGCGUGACGCUCGUAGGCCUCUACAGCUUGAACGUCGACGUAGCGUUCAUCCUGGAUGCGUGCUGCGGACUUCAUUUGGCCGUCACUUCAAUCGCUCUAUCGAUGAUGAACUCGACGAGCUCCGAAAGAUGAAUAUUGAGAUUUGCACAGUCGACUGAGUGAAAUUGACAGUACACUAUGAAACUUGAUGUUGGCUACUUCAAAGUCCUUGCCAUCAACUCGAUCGAGCUUACUGUAUUUCAUUAGAAACUUACAACUUCAUCUUGGCAUCGGCGGGAUUCAAAUAAUUUACAGCAUCUCCUUGAAGGCAUUGCGUUGGCGGCUGGCGUAGAUGACACCAAUGACGGUGAAGAAGACGGUGGCAACAGCGACAGCGAUGCCUAGGAUGAUCCAGUUAUCCGGCGACAGUCCGACAAAUUCGACAGCACCACCGCCAUCGACCACUGUGUGCGCUGCACCAGCAAGAGCCCCAGUUGGGAUUACAGGAAACACGCUUAGCCCACAAUUGAUCUUCGAGUCCAUGGCCAACCGCACGAAGCCCUUCUCUCCCCAUGACGAGCCGUACGAGUUCUUGAGAAUCCAAUAGUCAGUGCCACCGCUUGAUCCAUAGCCGACGAGUACCAGAGCGUGGUCAAUAUCUCCGCUGGAAGCGAACUCUCCAUCAUUGGGGCACGUGUAAACGCCGCCCUUGUAGGCGUCGAAGGAGCCGCCAGAGUUGAUCGCUACCGAGAUAGGUUGCUUCUGCAGCGCCAGCUUCAGCAGCUCGGUCGGGUCGCUGCUGAUAUCGCAUGAUGUCCCCACUACCUGCUCCC